UGAGAUACAGCAUCUGCGAAUGUGGGUACCCAGGGAUGCUCCUGCACAAGCAAUAAUAACCCACCCAAAGCUGGGCUCUGAAGAGGCAACAGCAAGAAAUAAAAGGGGGAAGGAAGGCAAAAUGAGGCCAAGGUCAUUCAAUGAGGAGGGGCAGCCCUGGGGUGAUGCAAGGCCCUGUCUCUGCAUCCACCCAAGCUGCUGUGGGAGCAGCAGUUUGGGGAGUCAGGAUUCCUACAGUGCAAAAGGCACUUUUGGGCUCGUUUUCCUUACCUUGCAAAGUCUGCAGCAGAGCAGGAGCUGGCUCGUCCUGUGCAGGGGGCACCGUACAGGCCAGGAAAGAAGAGAGAAAAGGCUUGGAAUGAGCAGCUCAGGAACCAACAGCAAAAGCAAAUACCAGGAGAUGGACCAGGCUGGCACCUCCAUUGUGUCUGCCCAGAUCCUGCACCCUCCAGCACUGAGGACCACGGGUUGGUGUCCCUGGGCUCGGCUCCCUGCUGCCAAAGGGGUUGUUCCCAACUUCCCAUCCCACCCCUGCCCAGGGCAGUGCUGGCUUCAGCUCAGGGAUAGGAUUCUGGGUGAGAGAAGGAGAAGAGCUGGCACAGAUAGAAAAGAAGAGCCUGGAUGGAACCUAAAUGGGUCAAGGAGCCCAUCACUUCCUCCUCUUCCUCUUCCUUCUCUUCCCAUGUGCACCCAUGGGAGCUGCUGCACAUCCCACCUCUGGCCCCAUUCCUGUGGGCACGUCUACCUACCUGGAUGCAGGGCUCUGGGAGCUGGAGAAGGCAGUUGCCCAUCUCCUGCUGGGGGCUUUGGGGUCUGCACUGGAGCCAGGGGCUCCCAAGGGGUCAGGGCUUUGCUGCACCAGUGGCUGCUCAGAUGCUCCCCUCUCACACCAAUGGGAGCCACAGGGGGGAGAGGAGCGAUGGAGCCAGUGGGUUCAGCACCCAGCCUCCUCUCCAAGGUGCUCCCACUGGUCCCUCGCAGGAUCCAGCCCCAAAGUGGGGGGGAUGCUGCCCAUCCCUCCCUUCGCAUGCCCAGUGCCUCCCGCUCCUGAGCCGUGCAUGCCGUGUCCCACUGCGGUCUCACCCGCGUGCCCUUGUCUGGUGUUUUUUAGCUGGGGGGUUUAGGGGUGGAAAGGGGGUCAGGGAUGGAUCCUUGUGUCCAGGAGCAGAGAUGGGUUUGGGCAGUGCAGACCUGGCACCGUUUGUAUGUACCAAGCAUGUGAAUUGUAUUUGCGGGGAAAAGAGGCCAAAAAAAAGG